AUGCCUAGCAUAUUUCAACUCCAGUGCUCGACGGUCCGCGGCGCCCUGGGAGACAACCUGGUCCCCGGUGGGAGGUGCGGGCCGCGCAAGGCCGACGCAGCCAAGAAAAGCCGCCCCAAUGGAAGAGCAAAGCACACCCCCCACACAAGACCCCGAAUCCGCCAUGUGCUUCCCCAUGUUUCGCUUGCCAUGACUUUCCCCUUUGGGAGUGCCGUGGAGUUGGAUAGCGUUGUGGUGAACCUUUCGCAGGGCGAGUGGCCCACCGACACGAUAAUCGCCGUUAUGGGCAUUACAGGGUCCGGAAAAAGCACCUUUAUCAAACUGUUCAACGAGGGUGCGGUCAUCGGAGACAACCUUGCAUCUGAGACCGCAGAUGUCCAGGUCUUCCCGGCCAGGAUUGGCAGACGGGAAUUCUACCUGGUCGACACACCAGGCUUCGACGAUACGCAGAGAACUGACGUCGACGUGCUUCGUUCGCUGGUCAACUGGCUGGGGACAACACACCAACGCAAUGUGCACCUGGCGGGCAUUGUGUACCUCCACCGCAUCUCCGACCCGCGCAUGGGCGGCUCGGCCAUGAAGAACCUCCGCAUGUUCAAGAAGCUCUGCGGGAAGGAUGCCCUUGAGCGCGUCGUCCUCGCCACUACCAUGUGGGGUAGUAGGUCGAACAAGAGAGAUCCCAGCCUCGAGGUCCAGAAAGAGAUGGCCAACGGCAAGAAGCUGGACGAGACUUCGGCGGGCAUGGAGGUCGAGGCCGAGAUGAACCGACUGCGUGCCAAGUUCGAGGAGGAGAAGCGCGAUUUACGGCGGGAGCUAGAGGAGGCCAGAAGGGACCAAGACGAGGCCACCCAAAAAGAGAUAAAUAGGGCAAGGACCGAUUUGGACGCCAAGAUGAAGAAGGUGGAGGAGGACCGAGAAAACAUGCGCGUCAAUCUGGAGGAGCUGCAAAAGCAGCGCGAUGAAGAGACGAGGGCGUAUUUCGAGCAGAAGCUCGAGGAGGCAGAAAGGAAGAUUGAAAAGGCCACGGCCGCCCUCAAUUUCGAGAGGCAGAAGAGACGGGAACAAGACGUUCGGAUCCGCGACACUGGCGAACGAGAAGCGGAGUGGGAUCGCGAACUGAGAGAUGCUCGUACAAGAUACGAGCAAGAGACGGAGCGAGUCAAGGGGAAACUCGCCGAGACGGAGGAGCGGCUACGGAAAAGGGGGUUCAGGGCGGUGAUCACGGGGAAGAUCAUCAAGUAUGUUAAAGGCUGGACUGGUUAA